AUGUCCGCCCCAAAGCCCGAGAUUGUCCUCAUCGGAGGUGCCUGGCACUACCCAGAAUCAUAUGCCAAGUUCCGCACUAUUCUUGAAUCUCAACUAGGCCUGCCGGUCCACGUCCCUCAACUCACAUCUAUGAAUGGUGCACGACCUCCAACCGCGGACCUUUAUACGGAUUCGGCUGCCAUUCGCCAAUUGGUCACUGGAUUGGCUGAUGAUGGUCGCUCUUUGAUUGUCCUUAUGCAUUCAUAUGGGGGUCAAGUUGGCACCAAUGCUCUUGCAGGCCUGGGAGCCGAAGCUCGCAAACAACAGGGCUUAUCUGGCGGUGUGAUCCAAUUGGUCUACAUUUGCGCGCACGCAAUCUCGGAGGGUCAAUCGAUAUUCGGGCUCAUUGAGCAAACUGGGCAUGGAGAGAUUAUACCUUUCAUGUUCGACUACGCCGAAGACGGGACCUGUCUUCCGAGGGAUGCUAAGGGUGUUGUCGGCCCCGGGCUUUCAGACGAAGACCUGGAAACCUUCCUAGCAUCCCUAGGACGUUGGAAUUCAAAGACCUUCGGUCAGCCCUUGGAGCACUGCGCUUGGCGGGAGAUUCCCGUGGCCUAUAUUCGCACUCUGAACGACUCCCUCCUACCCUUUGCCUACCAGAAAGCUUUUGUAGAGGGCAUAGAAGCUGCAGGGCGCAAGGUCAGGACCUUUGACAUCGAGACUGGUCAUUGUCCAACAAUCACGACACCGGAGGAACUCACCAAUAUCAUUCAACAGAUUUUUGCGGGUGCUGCUGCCUAG